AUGGCUUCGACUCAAAUCUCCGGAUCGACACUGUCGCUCCACGGUGCCCCAAACAAGACAGAACACGAACAGAACGAACCCAGCUUGUCAAAGACUGGUAUCUUGGUUAGAUUGAACGAUCAGGUCAUACGUGACUUGCAACAAUGUGCCCAAGCGGGCAAGGCAGUGCAAUUGUUGGGUGGAAAGACACCGAAAAUCCGAUACGGUGCAAAGCUGUUGGAGCUGAACGUCAGACCCGAGACAUUUCGUCAUGAAAUCUACUCGACAGGCGAUGGCAGCGACCAACUCGGCUUCACUGCAUUUGUGUCGCACCAUGCAGAGCUCAGAGUGCCUGUCGAGAAGAAAGCGCAAGAAGACAGUGCUGGUGCCGAAGCCGCCCUGGAGGCUCUGAAGCAAUCACUGGCGUCCAUGGCCAAGCAGAAAGAGGAACGAAAGGCGACAAUAAGUAGCUCCGUGACGGCUAGUGCAAAAAACUCCAGACACCUUCAACCCUCCUCUCGACCAAUUUCCCUCGCCCAGCGCUCCGCCUCUUCAUCGUCUACCCCUCGUCCUGCCGCACCUAAUUCUGCUCCUUUCGAUCCUCACACUCAAGCGCGAGAGAAGGGCAUGCGAUUCGCUCUCAUACAUCUGCUUGCCGUCAGACCCUUAUCCGAACAAGACAUUCACCAGAAGACCCUCAUCCCUAAGGCUCAACUGUCGUCACUCCUUUCAAAGAUUGCCGACAAGCAAGGGCUCACCUGGGAACUCUCCAGCAAACCAUACAAGGAGCUUGAUCCUUGGUCCUUCAAAUACACUUCCGACCAGCGGACGUUGGCAAUCAAUCACGCCAUCAGAGCAUUCGACAGAGCUAGGAUACCAAAGGACGACAAAGCUUGGCAGAUUCUAUUGCCCAAAGAAGAACGUAACAAGGGCAAAAUCCUCUCGCGCCUUCACUUGACUGCCGAGAGGUCAGACCAAGCUGGAACACCUGGACUCGCUUCCACUCCUCUUCACACAAGUGCGGCUGCCACUCCGAAGUUGGGAGGUACCGGAACCCCUCGUGGUGGAAGCAGUGCUACUGCUACUGGAAGAUCCGCUGCUGGUAUUUCCAUCGAAAAGCGGCUCAAGGAGGCGAAAAAGAAGGGCGCCAUGGAGAAAAAGAAACAGGAGAAAGAGGCAAAGGAGGCCGCAGCUGCCGCCAGUGAUCGCGAGAGCAAGCCGAGAAACGUGACCGCCAGGAGACCGAUACCUCCCAAGAAGGUCGCUUCCAAAGUCAAAUCUGAUGAGGUCGUUCACAGCUCAGACGACGAAGAAGAAGGGGAGGUGAAAGAAUACUCAACUCCGAGGAAAAGUACCGUCAUCAGGAAGGACCCUCUCAAGCCAGCAUCCAGGGCCAUUGCAACAGAGAGACGUGACUCCUCGGCCAGUGAGGCCCCUGCACCGUACAAGGACAACAAGUCAAAAACCAAGCCAUUGACUUCUGACAAGCUUGCCGCCAGCACUGUCACAAGAAAAGACAGUGCAAUCUCCAAGGCCAAAGCAGAGAUUCCAUUGCUCCCAAAGAACACUGCCCUCCCGAAGAAGCCCGAAAGCGCAAGCACCGCCACGAAGUCGAAAGACAACGUAGCUCAGAAACCGGCCAGGUCUGCCUCAACGACGCAACGACCUAACAUCAGCCCCCGAAGACUGACAGACACGAAACCCAAGGUACCCUCACCUCUGGGUACGAGUCCUCCAAGAACUGCGUCUGGUCUGGCUGAGAAGCCAAACAAGCAACCGCCCAAACCAACAGCAACCACAACUGCAAGUGCCACUAAGCCUGUCAAACCUACACCUGCAGCUAAAGGAUCUGAGCCUCUGAGUUUCUUUGGUGGUGUCAAGACCGGCUCGCAAUCAAAGAUCGUUACCAAGAAACGCCCACUUGAAUCCGAUACUGAAAGUGUUGAACCGGCGAGAAAGGUGGUCAAAGCAACCACUUCUACCUCGGCCAAAGCCCCAACCAGUGCAUCGGCCAAACUCCCUCCAGCAAGUGGUAGUGGCAAACAAACAGUGACGAAAGCGCAACUUGCGUCUUCCGCCUUGAAGCGCAAAGCCAACGAUCUCUCCUCUGGAUUGCACGACCAUGCCGCACCUUCGUCCAAGCACCGCAAGACUGACUCGGGUAGUACACAUUCGCAUACAGCGACAGGUUCAUCAGUCGCUUCUCUGACAACUGCUCCCACUGUGUCACCUCACUCUUCUCCCGCGGGCUCGGAUUUUUCAGACGACAACCUUGCUGGCAUCCUGAACGACGAGUACGAAGGCGGCACGAUAACGUGGGAACAAACUCGAGCUGCGGCAGAAACUUUCAGGAGCAAGCUAUAUCCGGAGUAUCUCAAACUGUAUCGCCGUGUUGAGCAGACACCCAGUGACAAGGUCCCAAAGGAAGACACUGUGCGCCUGUGGCAGUUGCACAACCGUCUUGAGGCCAUCAAGACGCGUAUUGAGACCGCUUGUCGCCAUGAAGAAAAGGGUGGUACUUAA